GGAACAUCGUGGUUAAAUUUCUACAGCUUCAAUUGUAUAAGAAACAUGAAAGUAUUUCUUGCACUAUGGGUUACAACGGUUUUUGCAUGCAACGUCAAAGGUGAACAGAGUUGGUGGCAAUCAAUGUCAAUAUAUCAAAUUUUCCCCAGAAGUUUCAUGGAUAGUGACGGUGAUGGAAUCGGUGACAUAAAAGGCAUCAUUAGUAGAUUGGAUCAUUUAGUCGAGUUAAAAAUCGAUGCUUUUUGGUUUUGCCCUGUAUACAAGAGUCCGAUGGUGGACAAUGGAUACGAUGUAUCUAAUUUCACAGAAAUUGAUCCCAUUUUUGGAACCAUGGAAGACUUUGAGAGCCUCGUUAAGAGAGCCCAUGAUUUAAAACUGAAAGUUAUUUUGGAUUUUGUACCUAAUCACAGCUCCGACCAACACGAAUGGUUUAAAAAAAGCGUUGCCGGAAUUGAACCUUACGCUGAUUAUUAUGUGUGGCAUAAGGGGCGCAUUGUUGACGGAACUAUCCAAGUACCGAAUAAUUGGGUAAGGAUUUUCACUGCUAUUAAUUUUACUACUAUCAGAAUACUUAAAAUUCGGAUUCAAGCAGCCUAUAAAAACGUUAAAGUCUCUCUUGCAAUUGCGAAGCCCCCAAUCAGUGCUAUCGACAAAAAGAUUCUCGCUGAGAAACCCCACUUACAUGCGACUCAUGCGGUCAGAUUGAGAUGGAAUAUCGGCAAUCAUGACACACGAAGAUUGGCAUCUCGACUUGGCAUCCUUCGAGCGAUGGCAUUCACAGCAUUGGUGCUUCUGCUUCCAGGAGUUGCUUCGACUUAUUAUGGCGAAGAAAUCGGAAUGCUCGAUGCACCUAUUGUCAUUACAGAUCUAGCCUAUUUUAGAGAUCCAGAAAGGUCUCUAAUGCAAUGGGAUAACUCAACUUCAGCAGGAUUUUCAACUAAUCCAAACACAUGGCUUGCGGUCAACCCAAACUACAAAACUCUAAACUUAGAGGCUGAAAAAGUUUGUAAUGAAUCAUAUUACAAUUACUACAAAGCUCUGGCUUCUCUCAGGAAUUUGCCAGCUGUGCGAUCUGGUAACAUGAAGAUGGAAAUCCUAGACAACGACGUCUUAGUAUUUUCAAGGUAUUUGAAGGAGGAAAAGUCGGUUUACGUUUUAAUUAACUUCGCUGAUCAGAUGAAGACUGUUAGCUUGAGGCGAUUUGAGAAUACUCCUGAAGAACUUGCAUUUUAUAGAGCUACUCCUGGUCUUCGAUUGAAGUCAGGAACCCUCAUCAAAACAGACGAAAUCAACGUUCCGUCCAAUGCAACUAUGGUUUUCGUCGAUAUCAAGAAUAGGAACACUGUUAAUUAG